CGCGCUUGCCGCAAUCCAGUAUAAAAGAGGAUUCCUUUUCCCGAAAGUGGGUAAACCACUGAAGAAGGAUAGGGAGUUCGUGCUUGAGGCGGUCAAGGCACAUCCGCGUGCUCUUGGGUGGGCGCAUGAUACCUUGAAAAACGACAGAAAACUCGGGCUCGAGGCCAUUAAGGUAGAUGCUUUAGCUCUUCAGUAUACAGGAAGGGAGAGUCCGCUGAGAAACGACAAGGAGGUCGUGCUUGAGGCAGUCAAGCAAAAUGGGGAUCUUAUUGUAUUAUAUCCAAUUUUGACUGCUACUUCACCGUCAUCUAGAUUCUUACUUUUAAUUGUUUUCUUCUACUAGUUUUCUUAUUCAUGUCCACCCCGUCUUAAUUUCUUGUCUUCAGCUUUAUCUUGU